AUGGUAAGACUGAAGCCUUACAUGCAUGCACUUAUGUGUGCUAAUCUUAAAUUUCAAGGACUUGCUAUAAAAGAAAAGAUGUACUAUGAUCAUGUUCAUGUAAAUGCAUCAGCAGUUGAUGGAUUUGAGGAACGCGUCACUUAUCAUACUGUAAAUACUACACUGGGUGUUGCUUGCACAAUAAUCAAUAUUGUCCUUUUAAUUGUUUUUCUUGGAUAUCGACCAUUUCGUACUCGUUAUGUGGUGAGUUCAUCUGGCAAACAAAGGGAAAGGGUUACGAGAGCACAUUUUUUGAAAGCUACUAAUCGUAGAUCACCAAUUUUUGUGCAGUCUACGACGUUAAAAAGCAUCUACAAGAAUGUAAAGUUUGAUGGGCGCAUCGAACUACUGAUCCAGCUGGGUAUCGGCGAUCUUAUCUACUCCGUAGCUGCUGUCCUAACGGGUCUCCAUCGGAUUCAACUAUAUUCAACAGCAGCUACUACACUCACAUUACCACUACUGAUCCAGCUGGGUAUCAGCGACCUUAUCUACUCCGUAGCUGCUGUCCUAACGGGUCUACAUCGGAUUCAACUAUAUUCAACAGCAGCUACUACACUCACAUUACCAGUUAGGACCACUGCCGACUGUGCUACAGAAUUGUGGUUACAGCUAAAACUAAUAGGUGAUUUGCUGAUUCCUGUAACUAUCUUCUGGAUGGGUGUGGAGAGGUUUACUGCCAUCUCGUUCCCGCUUUUUUAUCGAAUGAAUGUAGAUGGAAAGCCGUUAAAGUAA